AUGCGUCCACGACUUGCUCUCGCUCUCGCUCUUGCGGCGCUUCCUGUCGUCUUCAGCGCGCCAACGACUAACUCUGAAAUAUUUGCGCAAGAUGCACGGGAUGCACAGAAGCUGAAUACCUCCUACCGAACCAUCAAGGCUGAUGACCCCUGCCCUAGCGGUGAAGCUGCUUGCGUCGAUAACGCUAUUGCUAGGUGUAUUAAGGGAAGGUGGGAUACUUCCCAAACAUGCGGACUCGAAGAGAAGUGCUUUGCAGUCCCUUCUCUUAAGAAUGGCCUGCUUCUUGCUUGCACGACCGAAUCCAAUGCUUUGAAAGCUUUCGAGGAAGCGAAUGUUGAAGGCGGGAUUUUUGGACCCGAAGACACGAACUCUACCGUCUCCUCCAGUCCGAGUGAAACACCUACCUCCCCUUGCCAUACUCCGAUUGUCGAAAAGACUACUACCGUUACUGUCGAAGAGAAGACUGUUACAGUUACUGCCCAGGCCACCGUCACAACGACCGUCCUCCCCCCUCUCGUCACCUCCCAAACCACAGUAACUAGCACCAUCCCACUACAAGAAGCUUCGAGUAUCCUCUCCAGUAUCCGCGCUACUUACACCGGUGUCGAACCUACCGCUUUCUCCAGCAUCGGCGUCAGCUCCGAAGCGGCGAGUUCAUCACCGACUGCUUCGCAAUCCAUCAUCUUACUCACUGCUGCACCUGCAAGUGCAACUGCCAGCGUCAGCGCCUCGGCGGUCCCUGCUGUGAAUUCAGUCAAGGGCCCUGGAUACGGUUACUGA